CUUUGAACCGAAUAAAUGGCAGUUAAUUAGAAUCAUUAUUGUUAUUGAAGAUGAGUGUGCGUGGUGUUUGGGUUGUUACUGUAGGGACAGAGGAGUCUCCCCCACGGUGUCUAUUUGCAAGACGCUAUCCUACAGUAGAGCGGCGAGCACAGCUUCAGUCUUCUCAGUACACUUCACUACCAGCUGAUAAUGAAUUGAUAAUCUCCCUCCUCUCAGUCGCCACUCAACAACAUGCAACAUUCAGUGAGACUAGAGACAGUUGUGUGGGCUCCCACUCAUCUCCUGUGUACUGGCUUGGAGAGGGCAAGUUGGGGCCACUGGUUGUCAUCCAUUCAUCAGACCAUCUAUUAGCAGCCCUCGGAGUGGACCAGCAGAGUGUACCUUGUGCCCUGAGCAUGUUAGAGGCUAUGGCAGAACUGAUCACAGAUCCUCUAGACUUGACUGAGUUAAGGAGCUUUUUGAGUGUGUGUGCCCCAUUUGGCACGCCCCUGGAUCUGCGUCCAUCUAAUGCAAUCAAUCGACUGACUCCAGUUCCAGCUAAAGUCAAGCCUCUUAGUGACCUACAGAAGAGUCCUGGUUGGAGUGUGUGUGCGUGUUAGCUAUGCAUUGUCUAAUGGCCCCUCUCUCCUAGAGUCCUGGUUGGAGUGUGUGUGCGUGUUAGCUAUGCAUUGUCUAAUGGCCCCUCUCUCCUAGAGUCCUGGUUGGAAUGUGUGUGCGUGUUAGCUAUGCAUUGUCUAAUGGCCCCUCUCUCCUAGAGUCCUGGUUGGAGUGUGUGCGCGUGUUAGCUAUGCAUUGUCUAAUGGCCCCUCUCUCCUAGAGUCCUGGUUGGAGUGUGUGCGCGUGUUAGCUAUGCAUUGUCUAAUGGCCCCUCUCUCCUAGAGUCCUGGUUGGAGUGUGUGCGCGUGUUAGCUAUGCAUUGUCUAAUGGCCCCUCUCUCCUAGAGUCCUGGUUGGAGUGUGUGCGCGUGUUAGCUAUGCAUUGUCUAAUGGCCCCUCUCUCCUAGAGUCCUGGUUGGAGUGUGUGCGCGUGUUAGCUAUGCAUUGUCUAAUGGCCCCUCUCUCCUAGAGUCCUGGUUGGAGUGUGUGCGCGUGUU